AUGGCAGCUCCAGGUAGAAAGAGACGUAGGGGAAGUAAAUAUUCCGAUGAUCCGACAAGAGAAGUACUGGAAGUUAUUGCAAAUGGAGAUGCUGUCGUACUAAACGAAGUUCUCCAGGAGAUGAGCAGCAUCGAACGAGCUUAUGUGUUAAAAGCAACAAACGUUAAUUCACGUUUUGUUGUUAGAGAUGACACUGUCCUGCAUUAUGCAGUUCGCCUCAAUCGCCGUUCCUGUGAUGUUUUGAACUGUUUGAUUGAAAAUGGGGCGGAUGUGAACGUACGGACAGAGUAUAGCAAAUGCACACCAUUGAUGAUAGCCGCUCAUUGUAAAAAUCUGAAUGCAGUAGAAUUUCUUCUAAAACACGGAGCUAUUGUUGAUCUUCGAGACAAGCUUAACAAAUCAAGUCUCCAUUAUGGAGUUGAAAGAGCAUCACGCAGCAGUGAUACUUCAUUUGAUGUUGUGAGUUGUUUGUUAAAUCAUGGAGCUGACAUAAAUGCCCCUAUGAAUGGCAAAUACACUCUUUUAAUGUCGGCAAGUAGCUUUCAACAAGUCGGGCUAGUUAACUUUUUACUUGAACAAGGGGCAAACGUUCUCCUGAAGGACAAAGAUGGUAACACAGCUCUGCACUUUGCCUGUGGAAUUUGGAAUUCCGCAUCUUGUGCAUGUGAUGUUUUGAAUUGUUUAACUGAGAAUGGGGCUGACAUUAACGCUAUUAGAAAUGACAACUGUACCCCCCUUAUGUUAGCUAGUAGUGGUGGUUAUGUUGAUCAAAUAACAUUUCUCAUAAAGCAUGGCGCUAAUGUCCAUCUUCAAGACAAAAAUGGCGAUACAGCGCUACACCAUGCUGCUCGUAAUAUGAACAACUCGUUAGAAAUUGUUUGUGCUUUGACUGCGGCCGGAGCAUCUCAGAUGUGUAACAAUCAAGGACUAACCCCCCUUCUUGUAGCGAGCAGUAUUGGCAAUAUUGCAGCAGUCGAGGAAUUACUCAAGAACCAAGAGGUAACUAAAGAGCAAAGAAUUGAUGCUCUAGAACUUCUUGGUGCUACUAUAGUUACUAGACCCAGUUGGGAUGUUUAUGACAUUUUAAGUCAAGCAUUUUCAUGCCUAAUGUGUGGCAUGGAAGAAAGGUUUGCUGAUCCUUUGCACCCAUUGUUAAAACAACCAAUGAAACCCAUUGAUGCUUAUCAAAAUAGACAAGAGAGUCAAUCGCUUGAGGAACUUGUAGAAAUAGGUGAAUCUAGGAAUGCUCUAACAAUGGAAAGCCUUAUUAUUAUAGAGCGAGUCCUUGGAGAAAACAAUUCUGAACUGCUUAAUCACAUAAGAAGUGCUGCUCGAUACUUUGAAAACAAUGAUCAUUCUACUUGCAUAGGACUUUACAAACAUGCAUUUAAAACAGCCCAGAUCUGCAAUCAGUCAGCUGUAGAAGAUAUAUAUAGUCUAUCACAGAAUUUUCUGAAUAUAUGUUAUGAAAAUAAGUUAUUGAGUGAUCAACAAAACCAGGCAUAUGUAAUUGAAUUACUUGAGGCAAUUAUUUAUGAGUAUGAAAGAAUCAGCAACUUGUCUAAAAGAAAGAAAAAAGGCAAGUUUUUUCAAGCAGAUCUAGAUACCUUGCUUAUGUGUUCAAUUGAGGCUGUUUCACUUAUUUCCAGCAGUCAUCAUUUUGAAGUAGACAAGGCCUCAACUGUGUUAGUGUUAACAAGACGGCUUUGUGCCUUAAAUCCUCGAGAUCUUCAAGGAUGUUCACUGUUACAUGAGGCUAUUAAAAGAUGCCAGCAAAACUCACCUUUAUUAGUGAAGAAUCUUUUACAUGGUGGACUUAAUGUAAAUGCCACAGAUCACCAGGGAAACACUCCACUUCAUGUUGCCGUCCUAUUAAAUCCUUGCCAUGAUAUGAUCCAUCUUGUCACUAACCUGUGUGAGAUCUUGUUAAAUGGAGGUGCUCAUCAAGAUUUUGUCAACCAUGAUGGUAAAACAGCCAUGGACUUGGCUAAAGCUGAUGAGGUUCGAAGUUUCCUUCAGGAGAAAAGAAAACUGGAAUUGAAGUGC